CUACUUAUAGCUUCAACAAAAUGCUGCAAACCUUGGCACUGCUCCCUCUACUCACCCUACUCCCAUGCUAUAUUCUCCAUCCUUCCCUUGCCAUCUCCAAUGCCGAAACCGGACCCGAUAUCCGAUGGUGGUGCAACCGAACCCCCUAUCCAAACUCAUGCACCCACUCCAUGGGUCACUUAGCCCACGCCAGCCAUGUGGAAGAGAGCCACAUCCACCAUAUGUCAAUCCAAGUAGCCCUGGACCAUGCGGUGCAAGCUCGAGCCAGAGCGAUCGGAUUAGGGCUCAUGAACCUUGACAAGCAUGAGCAAUCUGCAUGGUCCGAUUGCAUCGAGCUUUAUGAGGCCACGGUGCAACAGCUCGAUCUCACGCUCAGACUCAACCCCUUGAACCCAAGUUCGCAUUCAGAUGAACGUUCAUGGUUGAGCGCGGCGCUCACGAAUCUCGACACGUGCCGCACCAGCUUCUCUGAGGUCAAUGUCUCAGUCUCUACCAUUGAGCCAUUGCUGACCAAUGUCUCUGAGCUCAUAAGCAACUCCCUAGCAAUCAUAAGGUUAGUAAGGUGGCAUGCACAUGGGCCAGGCUUUGGCCCAACACAUUCAAUAAGAUCGGGCCAUCGCCAAGAAGGCCCAUGGGCUGACCCAUAUGCCUUUCCACCAGCAAGACACCAAGAAGGCAGCCAUAACCGAGGGUUUCCGGAUUGGUUGUUGGCCGAGGACAGGAAGCUCUUGGAGGUGUCUGAAAGAGAAGAAAUGGAGGCAGACUUGGUGGUGGCUAAGGAUGGGACAGGAGAUUUCACGAGCGUCGGCAAAGCGGUCGAUGAGGCUUCGAAGGGAGGUGGGAAUAAGAGGAUUGUGAUCUACGUAAAGAAGGGUGUUUAUGAGGAGAACGUGAAUGUUGAGAUGAGGAAUUUGAUGUUGGUGGGGGAUGGCAUUGGAAAGUCUGUGAUCACUGGUAGCAAGAGCGCUGGAGGAGGAUCUACCACCUAUAAUUCAGCUACUUUUGCUGUAACGGGUGAGAGGUUCAUGGCUCGUGGAAUUACAUUCCGAAACACAGCUGGUCCAGCAAAGCAUCAGGCAGUGGCAUUGCGCUCCAACUCCGAUCUCUCCGUCUUCUAUCAAUGUAGCUUUGAAGGAUACCAAGAUACACUCUAUGUCCACUCACUUCGACAAUUCUACCGAGAGUGUGAAGUUUAUGGCACUGUUGACUUCAUCUUUGGCAAUGCUGCCGUGGUCUUUCAGAGUUGCAACAUCUAUGUGAGGAGGCCUAUGAGCCAACAAAAGAACACAAUUACAGCUCAAGGUCGAACUGAUCCAAACCAAAACACUGGAAUCUCCAUCCAGUAUUGUAGAGUUAGAGCUGCAAAAGAUUUAAGGCCUGCGCAAAACUCGUUCGAGACGUUCCUCGGGAGGCCAUGGAAGGAGAACUCACGGACGGUGUACAUGGAAACUUAUAUGGAUGACUUGAUCUCUCCGGCAGGAUGGCUGGAAUGGAGUGGUGGUUUCGCUCUAGAGACAUUGUUCUAUGGGGAGUUCAGGAACACAGGGCCUGGUUCCAAUACCUCAAAGCGAGUCAAGUGGGGAGGCUACCAUGUUAUAACUGAUCCAUCAGCAGCUUCGGAGUUCACUGCAAGAAACUUGAUAGCAGGAGAAAUGUGGUUGCCAUCCACUGGUGUACCCUUCACUUUGGACUUGUGAUCUGGUUCAGGGCAAGCUGUUUGUUCGAAAACCAAUCAAUCAACAUGCAUAUAUCUUGUGGAGAAGGUCUAAUAUCUGUAAAUUUAUAAAAAGGAUUCACUUUCCAUGAUGCAAAUUAUGUUAUGUUGUUUCA